AAGUUCAAGUUCAGACUUCAAAUCCCUUCUUUUUUACUUCUGCCAUUUUCAUUCAUUUGGUUGCAUCUUUCAAAACCCAUCCACGCGACCCGUUUCUCUUUCUUCAUCAAGCUUUGUUUUUGAUAGGUGCCCAACUUUGCUUAGGCAUUGGAUUUCAGGGAUUCAAAGCGAAAAUGCUUCCUCAGCGCAUGAAGAAAGCAAUCACUGAUAACCCUAAGAAGCUUGCCAACUUGAUUGACCUCAUCAACCUUCCAUCCACGCUCAGAGAAUUCGUGGGUCAGUCUCAGAUUUCUCGCUUGGGCUGUUUCAAGUGCGUUUGGUCCUACAUCAAAACCAAUAAUCUUCAGGAUCCGAACAACAAGAAUGUGGUCAACUGUGAUGAGAAGUUAAAAAGUAUUUUGUUGGGGAAACCUCAGGUUGACUUAGCAGAACUUCCUGCACUUAUCAAGAUGCAUUUUCCAAAAGAGCCCAAAUGAUGUGUGAUUAAAUUAAGAUGUCUGUCUUAUUGGAGAGCAUAGCCUUCCUCGAGAUGAGUCUCUGAAUUUAUUUCCUUUUUCACUUCCCCCUUCAAACUGUAAUGACAUAAGUGUAGGAACCUAGCUAUUGAACCUCCAAAUUGGCAGUUUUCUUUAUGCUGUAUGGAUGGAUUAAUCUUAUUACAUGUAAUCCAUCGUAAAAGGUCUUGUUUCACGGCAUGCUUUUGCCACUUUCUAAAUUUUGUAAUUAAGAAUUUUGUCUGUUAGAGUUUUGAUUUUGUAUGCAUAAAUACUAUGUUUUAUCAUUUAUAGCAAGUUAUUUUAUGAGUC